ACAAGGAGCGAUCUUAUUAUUUUAAAAAUUUGAGGCGAAGAAACAAUACUUUCUCAUCCUUUUUUUUUUCAAAUAUUUUUUGUAUAAUUAUACAAUGCAUUAUAGAGCUUGAUUUUGUAAUUACAAAGGGAAUUAAUAAUAAGGGCGACAUCGGCAAAAGUGGUGGGGACUUUAUUGAAGUUAGCCAAGUUGCGCGAGUUGAGUAUGGUUUACCGUGAAUCAAAUAAUACGGGGAUCAUAAACAAACUGGAAAUUAAAUUAAAAAUGGUUGCUGGUCCUACAGAACACGGCAUACAAGCCGAUGUAAUAUUUGUGAUUGAAGGAACAGCUGUUAAUGGAGCUUACCUAAAUGACCUUAAAACAAAUUAUCUUAUCCCAACUCUAGAAUAUUUUAGUCAAGGUGGCAUUGAAGAUAGGGAAUAUGUUUCUGAGCAGAAUAGUACAACAUUAUAUGGUAUAGUAGUAUAUCAUGCUGCUGAUUGUUUACCUGCUCCAUGUACAGAGACAUUUGGACCAUAUGCAAAUCCCCACAAACUGUUACUUAUUUUAGAUAAAAUAGAAAUGGUUGGAGGAAAAGGAGAGUGUUUUGCAAAUAUUGGAGAAGGUCUUGCAACAGGAUUACAGUGCUUUGAAGAUUUACAAUUACGACGUGAACCUAGUACAGCAUCACAAAAGCACUGUAUUUUAAUUUGUAAUUCCCCUCCAUAUCAAACAGUUAUACAAGAAUCAUAUAAAUUUUCUGGAAAUACUAUAGAACAACUUGCUGUACUUUAUCAGGAGAGAAAUAUUAAUCUUUCAAUUUUAUCACCUAGAAAAAUACCAGCAUUAUUUAAAUUGUUUGAAAAAGCUGGUGGAGAUUUACAAUCUUCACAAACUAAAAAUUAUGCUAAAGAUCCAAGACAUUUAGUAUUACUCCGUAAUUAUAAUUUGAAAGAAAGACCUGUUAGUCCAACAAUUGGAGGAGCUGUCCAUACGACACCAGGCACUGCUGCACAAAUUCCAUUAAGUCCAUUGCAGAGCAAUGACAGUCCAAAUACGAAUCAAGUUCCACAAAACAUUUCUCAAUCAAAUCAAUCUCAAGGUCCUACAUUUAGAAACCAAACGCCACAAAGUAUUACUUCAGUUCAUCAAGCAUUAGUUCCAAUGCAAACGGCUAUGAAUCCUGGACGACCUUCUUACAAUCCUUACAAUCCUACACCUGCAGGUGUAGUAGCAAGAACAGGUCAUACUAGAUGGAGACCUUUUGUGACACCAGGAACCACGGGUCCCACAAAUACACAAGCUAGUGCUUUAAUAGCACAAUUAAAUCAACCUCCUCCUUCUUUAGGACACAGUGUAACUCCAUUUGGACAAAGAAUAGAUGUAGGUAAUACCAAUGUUAUGGCUGCUAAUGCUCAACAGCAGCAACAACAGCAACAGCAGCAGCAGCAGCAACAACAGCAGCUAACACAACAACAACAGCAAUUGAGACUAACAAUGCAAUUGCAACAGCAGCAGCAGCAACAACAGCAACAACAACAGCAAAACGUUCAACAAGGUUCAAUGCCUAUAACAGCACAACAAUCCCAUGGUCAAGGAGGACCACAAUUAACAGUAUCAUGUGUUAGUCAAUCAAUGCCUACACAAGUUCCACAAACAGUUACUGCUUCUCAAACGCAGGCAUCUGUAUCAUCAGUUACUCAACAGCAAGUAACACAUUCUCAAGCACAGGGUAACGUAACUGGCGGUACAGUAUCGGGUCCACAAAUGAAUACACCACGCGAAAGACAUACGAUAUGGCAGGGUAUUAUUGAGUGGGUUGAAAAAGCUAAAACACCUGCUGAUGCACCGAAACAGACAAGGCAUCUUCCUUGUCAAGUUUCUGCCAAUUCCAAAGAUGGAGAACCAGAGUUGAAAGCUGAUACCUGGCCACAAAAGUUGAUCAUGCAGUUAAUGCCAAAGCAACUGAUAGGCAAUAUUGGUGGAUCAUAUUUAAAAAAUUCAAAAUCUGUUCUUUUCCAUCCAACACCUUGUGAAGCACUCGAAUCAUUAACAAAAGUUAUGAGUUCAGGAUUUGCCGGAUGUGUUCAUUUCACUUUUCUACCACCAGCGACAGCUUGCGACAUAAAAGUACUUAUUCUUCUUUAUACGGCUGAAAAGAGGACAUAUUUAGGAUUUAUUCCAAAUGAUCAAACAGGUUUUGUAGAUAGACUUCGAAAAGUGAUUCAACAACAAAAAACAUCACACGGUCCUGUAAGACAAGGACAAGGCGGAGCGCAACAAGGAAACCAAAUAUCUGGUCCUAUGCCUACCACAGGUACUUCACAAGGAGGUAUUCUUAUGUCUCAAACAAAUACCAUAGCUAUGGGAGGGGGACAAAUAACACAAAAUGUGGUGUCUACAAAUGCUCCACAACAAACAUUAACAUCAUCUGCUGGUCCUCAGAAUCAGAUAAAUAUGCAGAGCGGCGGCAUGACUGGUCCUCAAGUAAAUCCAGGUUCUGGAGCAAUGAUGGGUCAACAGAGACCACCAUUUGAUGACAUAGAGAUGGCUAGACAUCAGAAUUUAUUAAAAAUUCAGCAGUUACGGCAAACAUUAGAAGCUGCCCAGCAACAGGAGGCUCAGUAUAAAUCACAAUUGGAAGUAAAUAUUCAACAGAAUUUAGAAGUAGCACAGCAACAAGAAAUGCAGUAUAAACAACAAUUAGAGGCUCAACAAGCUCAAAGAGCCCUUAAUCCUGGUGGUAUGACAAAUCAACAAGCGAAUGCUACGAGAUUAAUGCGACCAGUUUCAAAUAUGGGUUUAAGGCAUUUAUUGCAACAACCACAACCGCCAUACAGGCAACAAGUUUUUGGCUUACAACAACAGAUGGUAGGUCCUAGAGGUCAAGCUACAAGACCUAUGGCUCCUGGCAAUCCACAAAAUCAACAAUUUGAAGAUGUUUCUAAUUACGAUUUUCUUGGAUAAAUGAUUCGAAUAGAUAUUUUUUAGGCAAAGAUUCGUAUACUAUAGGUAAUAUAUUAGAAUGAAUUGAAUUGAAUGAAUUUAUAUUUAAUAUGUUAUACAUAUAACAAAAUGCUUACAACAAUUGUAUAUAUUAAGAAAUGCAUGUUAAUACUAUUUGUAAAACAUAUACAUAAAACAAAAAUCGAUUAAUGCAAUGAAAUGU